UCCCAUUUCGUUUUUUGCCAACUCCUUCCUCAUAAAUGUGAAAAGCUGUUGCAAUGCACAGAACUUCAGUGUUUUCUACGUGCAACAAUUUAACGACUCUUUGCCAGUUCCAGCAACUAACCUAUCAGUAAGUUCAUCGUCGUCGAACACGUUAGAGAACAACAUUUUUGCUACCACAGAUGAUUCCUUAAAGCCAGAUACAAUUCCUCUUGAGUCUUUGCCAGAAGAAGGAGUAUUACAGGUGAAAGCUCUACCUUUUUUAUGUUCAUUAGUCCACUUUAUAUCGCAAGGUGGCUUUCUACUUGAUAAUGAAUUUCAGGCGGAGGCAGUAGCUUCAUUACCACAAAUUAGUUCGAAGACGACCGUUAUUCACAGCAGCGACGAGUCACCUAAGGAGACCUUCGAGCGGAUGAUCCUAGGAAUUAAAGAUGGUUCAAUGGAAAAGAGUGAAAUAGUGGACCAAUUGUUUAAUACUCUCGUUGGAGGACAGUUUGAUCUAGAGACCAGAUACGUUAUUGAAGAUAGCAGCAAUAUCGAAAGAAUGCUCACGCUUUUGACUCAUUCCGACGAGACCCUACAGGCCGAGAUAUGGAGUAUAUUUUUGGCUGUUGUCCGUAAAAGUAGGCGAAAUUUGGAGGCUUGUUCUAGAGUCUCCAUGAUAUCGAAGAUUCUUGAAAUGCUUCCUGAAACUGAUGACGUGCUGUCUGACCUACUAGUCCAGCUACUUGGGGUUCUUAUGAAUUAUUCGAUUACUGUAAAGGAAACUAAGCAGUUUUUGCGUGCUUUACAGGCUGUGAAUGAUUCAUGGCCUCGUAAUGCUCUCAAGCUGUUACAAGUGAUGAAACAGAUGCCAAUGAGAGAUGAUGCAAACGUUAUUUUUUCCUUCCCUGGAAAGUCUCAAGCGGGUAUCAUUGUUCCUCCGUUCGCUAGGUUUCCUUGCCAAUCUGGAUGGACGUUUACCACGUGGUUGAGAAUGGAUCCGAUAAGCGGUGUUCUCUUCGAGAAGGAGAAGCCAUAUCUCUACUGUUUUCGAAGCAGCAAAUCAAUUGGAUAUUCUUGUCAUUUUAUGGGUAAUGCACUAGUUUUGACGAUGGAGAAGUCGAAGUCAAAGAUAGUGACCAUAUGCACAAAGAAAGAACUUAUUCCCCGAAAAUGGCAUCACAUUGCAAUUGCUCAUUCAUAUUCGAGGUGGGGUCGCAGUGAAAUAAAGUUCUACUUCGACGGAGAAUUAUCGGAAACCACGGAGGCUAACUGGCCUGUGUCAACCACUGAACAGUUUGAUCGGUGCUCGAUUGGCGUGUCACCGGAAGGCGAUCCAGAUACGGCUUUUGCUGGGCAAAUGGGUGCUGUUUAUUUGUUCGCGGACUGUUUAUCCCUUGAGCAAGCCAAUUCGUUGUUCUGCCUCGGACCUGGGUAUCAGUCGUAUUUCGUACACGACUCUGGAUGUAAUCUACCUGACGGCUGUCGGAAACACUUGUUUGAUGGUCACUUGAGCAGCGUUCUCGUCAUGGCGUACUGCCCUAAGAAUUGUCAUGGACAACUGUGCUUGAAUUCUCCACUAAAGAUCCCUUCUACUUUCUUUGUCCAAGUGCCACAUGCAGUUAUGAAAGAGGGUGUCGAAGUGAUUACUACACAUUCCAUCCACAGCUCGCUCCAAUCAGUUGGUGGAAUCCAGAUUCUCCUUCCGCUUUUUUCCCAACUUGAUUUUCCUUGCGAAGAUGGCAAUGCCAUGGAUGGUGAUGUCUGUUCUACACUUUUGUCUGUCAUCGCGUUGUUGUUGGCUAGUUCUCAGACCAUUCAACAGCAACUCUAUCAGAGCAAAGGCUUCCUGAUUAUUGGUCACACUCUGCAGAAGGCGUCGAGUAAACACAUCACGAUGAAGGUGGCUGAACAGCUGAUAGAUAUGGCUAAGUUUCUGCUCAAAUGCCCCUCUGGAGGACCCCUCUUGAAACAGCUUUUCGAGAAUAUACUGUUUAAUCCAAAACUAUGGAUCACGAGCGCUCCCACUGUGCAGGCCCACUUAUAUAAUUAUCUGGCGACUGAUUUCCUUAGCAACACGAAUUUCCAUCAUAUUAUUCGGCAACUGGCUACAUUUGGCGAAAUGUGUAGUGCUUUGAAGUUCUACUAUUGGGUUACAAUGCCCAAACCGCCAUCGACGUACCAGGUUGAGGAAAGGCCGGAGACAUUCUCUACUGAGGAUAUCAUUGCGAUUAGAAACUCCAUUAUUGUUUUUCUCAAUCGAUUAAUUCUGCUGAAUUCAACAGUGAGCUCAAGUCAGGAUGCCAUACGUGAGCAAGAAAUCCAUCAGUUGAUGAAUUUUGUCGCUACAGUACAUGAGGAUGACAAUCUUUAUGAUAUCCUUUCAUUGCUGAAUCGUUUGCUCGGGUUCUAUCCACACAUAAUGGUCCCCAUUUUCGACAAGGACAAGGCUGUUGGUUUGGUGUUCAAGCUUCUUUCAUCUCCAAAUCAACUUAUUCGUAUUCCAGCACUUAAAAUGUUCGGCUUUUAUCUUCAGCGAUCUACACUAAAGCGAAAAACGGAAUCGGUGGCGGCACGUCACCUUUACACGCUGAUUACUGAACGACUUCUUAUCCAUACGGAGUAUCUGACUCUUCCAACGUAUAUUGUGCUCUUCGAGAUUCUUACAGAGCAAAUGACUCCUGAAUUCGUUUACACGAAAAAGGAAGCAGCAAGCUCGGAGUGGAGAUUCGAGAACCCGAUGAUGCUAAAGGUUAUUGCCAACCUAAUUACGCAGUCUAUGGAAUCAAAUGAGUUGAUGCGAGUGAAGAAAUUGUUUCUACUUGACAUUAUUAACAUGUGUCGUGACGGAAACGAGAAUAGGAGAACCAUUCUACAAAUGUCAGUAUGGCAGGAAUGGUUGAUUUCUAUUUCUUAUGUAUUCCCUAGGUCUGAAGCUGAAGUAGAAAUCACAGAGCUGGUCUAUGAGGUGUUCUCUAUUCUUCUGCAGCACGCUAUUCGUUACGAAUACGGAGGAUGGCGUGUAUGGGUGGACACGCUAGCUAUAGCGCAUUCUAAGGUCUGUUUUUACCAUAAGAUUCGUUUCAUGAGAACAUGGGUCGACUCCUUUGUAGCGUCUUCGUGGACAACAGAAGCAAGACUGAGCUACUUGCUAAAAUUUUGUGUUAACUACUUACUAUUAUAUUUUUGUUGGUCUGGCAUGCAUCUUAGACUUCUUGGGGAUCUUUUAACUGGAAUUGAAUCUGUUGUCGAUGAGUGGAAUGCCUCAGAAACACCAUCAGUGGCUGAUAAGUGUAACUUGAGUGAAAAUCAGAUAUUUGUGGGAAACACAGUGCACGUGAUUUCUCAGUUGGCUGACAGCCUCAUUAUGGCUUGCGGUGGACUGCUUCCUCUUUUAGCAUCGGCAACGUCUCCAAAUAGUGAAUUGGAAAUCGCCGAUUCCUGUCAACAGGAGUUGUCAAUUGAAUGUGCUGCUGAAUUGUUGUCUCGAUUCGUACACCUUGCCGACAUUUUUAUUUUCGUUAGCGGUAUAUCGUUUGCUGAGUUGGAACAGGAGAAAAAUAUGCCUUCGGGUGGUGUUCUGCGCCAGGCUCUUCGUUUAAUCGCGACGUCGUCGGUUCGCCACAUACUCAUUGCUCGUGUCCUGCGCCCGGAUAGUAAUGGCCAAGUAUUUGACAUUCAUGCUAACUCAAAGAAUGAGGCUAUUUAUGAUUUCGUGAAAGGAGCCAUUGAAUCUGUAAGUAUUAUGGAUUUGGAUCGUCUGUUGCAAGAUGUUGAUUUACAACGUAUAAGGGGUGCAGUUUACAGAGAUAUGGUGGAGGAAAAUCGACAGGCACAAUUUCUUGCGUUGGCGGUUGUAUACCUCUUGUCGGUUCUAAUGGUUUCGCGGUAUAGAGACAUUCUGGAACCACCAGCAUCUCCUAGUCCAUUUUUCAACUCCUUAACGAAUGGAGUGGUCGGAGGCGCCACUGCGCCCAUGGGUCACCAAACCUUCGAUCCCUCCUGGGUCGGCAAAAUGGUACCAGAGUUGUCUGGGAGGAUAGCAGCUCUAGCUCGAUACAUCGAGCUUUCCAAAUUAAAUGCCUCCAAAAUUACGGGCAGUCCAUUGCAACCUGCUGAACGUCGCCAGUAUCUGACAAGCAAGUUACAAACAGCUCUAGAGACGACCGCUCCUCUUUUCAGAGAAAUUAUGACUGAUUUUCGAGCAUUCUUUCAGAAGACUCUUCUAGGUACUCAUGGGCAGGAGAUUAUGAAUGAUAAUAAAGUACUAGAUACACUGAAAAAUCGUCAGGGAUCUGUAAUUGAACUGGUUAUGUUGUUAUGUUCACAAGAGUGGCAAACAUCUCUACAAAAACAUGCCGGACUGGCAUUUAUCGAAUUAGUAAACGAAGGUCAGAUUUUCAAACAUAUUUGUAGUCACCGCUUCGUGUGGCUAAAUGGUGUUUCGAAAUGCGAUACACCAGAGAAGGGGAUCAUAAUCAUACACACAACUGGGUCAUUCUGGCGUGAACUAUGA